AGAGCAGCAGCAGCAGCAGCAGGACACGUGUUCGGCGUGCAGAGGAGACGGGAGAGAUCGCCAGAGCCCCCCUGCUCCGUGGCUCCCCCUCUCUCUUCCUCCUCCUCCUCCUUCCGAGAGCGCAGCAGAAGCAUGCAGCCCGGGUGAGGAGCCUCGCCUCGCCAGCCCCCGCCAGGGUGGUGGUGGACCACAUAGAAGACCACCGGAGGAUGCAGCCAGGUCAUGGCGUGCCCUGAGAUGUCCUCCUCCAUCUCGUGAACUCCUUGCCUCUGCCCAAUGCCUGCGGAACCGCCUGCCACUGCCAUGGUCCACCCUGAGGGGAGUGCCCUGCUGAAGGCCGUUUGGCAGGGCAAGUUCCGCCUCACCCGCCUGCUGCUAGAGGGUGGGGCCUACAUCAAUGAGGGCAACAUCCAGGGGGAAACCCCCCUCAUUGCGGCCUGCGUGGCCCCCUACGAGGACCCUCAGAACAAGUCCCGCAUGGUGAGGUACCUCCUGGAGAACGGGGCUGACCCCAACAUCCCUGACAAGAUGGGGAAGUCCGCCCUGAUGCAUGCCUGCGCCGACGGGGCUGGGGCUGAGGUGGCUUCCAUUUUGUUGGCGCACGGGGCAGAGCCCAGCGCCAAGGAUUACUCUGGGGCGUCGGCUUUGGUGUAUGCCAUCAACAAGGGGGACCGGGGGACCUUGCAGGUGCUCCUGGACGCUUGCAAGGCCAAAGGGAAGGAGGUCAUCAUCAUCACCACAGACACGUCCCCCUCAGGGACCAAGAAAACCAAGCAGUACCUGAACUCGCCGCCGUCGCCAGGUGUGGAGGACAGCCGUUCGCCCGCUCUGUGCAUGUCCCCCUCAGACAUCGAGGUGAGGACCUCCCAGUCCCCUGGCGGCAGCGAGAAGGAAGAGGAGCGUGACGUUUUCAACUUCACCAUGGCCACCCGGCUCAGCUGCUCCCCUCUCCCGCACGGCAAGGGGAAGGAGGCUGAGGAGAAGGCCCCAGCCCUCCCGCCCAAAGGCCGGCCGAAGCAGCUGAAGAGGUUGAACUCGGAGCCGUGGGGCCUGGUGGCGCCCUCUGUCCUAGCUGCCUCCCACCAGGAAAAGGCCCGGACCCCGGAAGAGAGGAUGACGGCUGAGAUGAAUGGCCUGAGCUUCUCCAAGAGGCCUCCGUUGUCCCGGAGACACAGCAUGGAAGGCCAGGAGUCGUCCUGCCUCAAAAUGGCCGCUCACCAGGCCUCAGGGGAAGAGCUGCACAGCCUGGAAGCCGCGUGGGCAGAGAAAGUCCAUUUCAGCCACCUGCACCAGACUCUCGCCCGGCGCAACACGGCGCCCGAAACCCAAGACGGCGGCCCGAGUCCUGGCUCCCGGGCUCUGGUCCACCCCAAGCUGAAUUGCUUGGACCACUACGAGUUGGAUUCCCUCUGCCCCGAGUCCAUCCCCGGCUCCCCAGAUUCGGGCCGCGUUUCUGUGGAGAGGAGGAAGUACAACGCCUCCCCGUUGACCCUGCCGGCCAGCUCGUCCCGAGAGAGUUUGGAAAGCAUCCCCAACGCUGUCUCCCCCAUCACGAUACGACGCCGGGCCCCGGGUCUCCUCGAGAGGAGGGGCUCUGGGACGCUGCUGCUGGACCACAUUGCUCACAGCCGGCCGGGCUUCCUGCCCCCACUCCACCUCAACCCCCACCCUCCCCUCCGCGACAUCCGGGGCAAUGGCAAGCCCUCCUCCCCAGCCCACAAGGGCCUGAUCCCGGUGGCCCCCACUUCUCCCAAAGGCAAGAGGCUACUCCGGAGGCACUCCAUGCAGACGGAGCAGAUGAAGCAGCUGGUCAGUUUUCAGAGCCUGAUCGCCCAAGGGGACUCGGUGGCCAGUUAAAACAUGGCGGAAUGGGAACAGGGCAAUCUACAGUCUUCUCGUCUUUGCCUCAUGGGGACUCGGAGGGCCUUCCACAAUGCCGUUUUCCUGCUUUCCUCGCCGGCCUCUGAGCCCACCCUGUCUUCAUAGCUGGGUUUCUGCGUCUUCCUCCUUCCUCUCAUUUCGGUGUUCCAUGUCGUAGCCGCCAUCUUUAUAAACUGGACAUACGAAGCAUGACGUCAGAGCUGGCACCACGAGGCCAGAGUGAAAGGGAGGGGUCUUUAGAGUGAAGUCGCUGAUGGCAAGUAAGCGACCCAGGAAGUUUUGCCCAUCUGCUUGCGAUGAAAUUCUUUGGAGUGGGAAGGUUGAGUCGGGUGUUGGCUUCCUUGACUGACCCACCAAAAUCUUCAUCAGGCCUGCAGGAGACUGUUGGCAUCCUUCGCUUCCUGCCCCUACAGACGAGGCCUGGGAACUGCAAAAAAGGCAAAGCAAUGGAGUCUGAUGCUUGGCAUUGUGACUCCAUGGGGUAAAACCCCAACAACAUCUCUGAGAUGAAAUCUAGAGGGUGAAUUCGCAUUUGGAAAACAUACGUUUUGUGGAUCGAUGUCUGCUUUGAGGGUCCCGUCCUCAGCAAGCACAGACCCACCCCAGUAGGAAAGAGGACUUUAAGCCCCCAGAUGCUUUUCCCUGGGUCACCUUCAUCUAUAUUCUUUUGAAUUUUUUUUUAAUUUUGGGUGGGGGGAGAUUUCAGUUCUCUUGCUGACACUUUACGUUGGCUGGGUGGGUUAUGGGAAGUUGUAUGCCCAAUUUCAGGGAGGCGAAUCUACGCACAUCUGGUUUUUAGACCUGGAAAGCUGAAAACCGAGGGGGCACAUGUUCUCUUUGUCACCUCCUGGAGUGGGUGGCAUGGGCAAUGGGUUGCCAGGAUCUCUUCAUAGGGAUCACAGCCCACCUGGGUUCUUUUGGAGGUGGGGUGUGACUUUCCUGAAAAGUUCAAAUUAGUUUGCUGCAGCUGGGGUAUAUGCCAAACCCAACCCAAGCCCCUUUAAACUGGCAUUAUCCCCCAGCCCCACAGAAUGCUGAAGCACCCAAAAAAUGCCAAGGCAGCCUUUGCCAACUUGGUUUCAACCUGGAAGUUGUAGUCUAGAGCAUAUGGGGACCAAAAAAAUAUGUUGGCAAAGGCUGUAGUAGGGCAAAACUCCCCAAAAAUAUUUGAUGCCUGAGGCACAGGAUAUCUCCCUCCCCCUGCCCUUGAAUUAAACUCAGAGACACUCUUCGCUCUUCCUUACAAGGAGGUGUAUCUAUUUCCUCCAUCAGCUCCCAGAACAAUGGCAUGUUACUGUUGGGAGUACCUGGUUGCUAACCACUUUUUUGGGCACCUCUUCCGUUCCUUGCCAGGACUCAGGGAUGGUAACAGGAUUUAUCUGGCCAAUAGGUGUAAUUUUGGGAUUCCUGCCGCCCCCCCCAUGCAGCCUGUCAGCUGUAACCCACCCUGCAUCAGGGAACCCAGACACAUCUUUGACGCAAUAUAAGCGCGGGCGGCGCUGUGGGUUAAACCACAGAACCUAGGACUUGCUGAUCAGAAGGUUGGCGGUUCGAAUCCCUGUGGUGGGGUGAGCUCCCGUUGCU